AUGUCUCAAGGCAUAUCUAUUACGCCGCCGCCUCCCCCACCAAUACCACCCACCAACAGUGUUCACACAUCGGCUGGAACUAAUGCCAGUGUCGUUAAAUUGCAAUUGGCAAACAAUGAAUACAGUUGGGCAUUGGAUCAUCCAGAGGUGCAGAAGGGAUGCUUUCUAAGUCGAGUGUGUCAGCAUGCUCCGCCCAAGGAGUGUCAAUAUUAUAACAUUGCAAGCAUACUGCAAAAUGGUCCCACCUGUGGCUUAACAGCGCUCAGUAUGCUGCUCAAUGGACAACCGACGGCAGGGGAAUUGCUCACUGAGGCUGUAAAACAACACUAUACCAUAAAUGGAGAAAUGUUCAGUGCGCAGUAUUUAUAUGAAUUGUCACAAAAGUACUUAGCUUGUGAACUCUACGAUGACACUCUAAAUUGUGCAAACAUCAAGGAUCGUUUAUGUGCUGGAUGCUGUUUAUUAGUCCCUUAUGAUGCAGAUGUCAAUCAUGCGCCUUGCCAGAAGUCCGGACAUCGAGCUCACUGGGCCCUGAUUGUGGGCUACCUGAUUGAUGACCAGGAUGAGUUCCAUGUGCUGGCGCGACAUGGUAAGACACGCAAUCUGGCUGUGUGGUCGCUGUCAGCGCUCAGUGAGAGCAAUGCCAAUCUCGUAGAGUUUGCCCAGCCCAAGGGAUAUCCUGACUGCACCUUCCUGCUGCCACCUGGGGGAAUAAAUGGACCACUUGGACUCAACGAACGUGCCAUUCUAGUGAAUGGAUUGUCCCAGGAAAUUGUUAAAGUUGUUUGACCACAUGACAAAUAAAAGUCAUUUAUAGUUUUGUCUUUAAAUGUAUGUAUAUAUAUAUUUAAUAAUACAAUUAUAAAUUACACACC